AUCCUAAAUUGUUUGUUCUUUUUCCAUCAGUUGUAUUUUUAUAUCAGACUUUGUUUGUAUCUUGUGUUCAAAAUAAUCAGUAGAGAAUGGCGACCAAGACAUCGUCGAUAGGCAAACACAGCCGCUACUUCACCACCGUCACCCCCGAGCGUUUCUCCGUGCUUCGUAACCGUUUCGACCAGUUCCUAGUUAACUUGGACAAGGAUGUACCCGUCAUCCAGGUGUAUGACCAGCUUCGGCAGGAGCAGUUGGAGCAGCUGGCCGUCAUCAGGGAAGUCAGCCAGACGCUGCAGCAGAAGAAAGAUGACGACAUACUGAAGGCUAAGCAAGCGGCAGAGGAAGCUCAGAAGAAAGCCGAGGCCGACGCAAAAAAGAAAAAAGAAGAAAGCAAAGAAGGAGAGCAGGAAGUUAAAGAAGAUAAGAUGGAGACCGUUGAUACGCCAUAAAUUAUUACUUCAUAAUGUUAUUUUAUUCUAUUUAUUCAUAAUAAAUUAUAGUAAAUAAGUUACGAGAAAAA